AUGCUAUCGCGCAUCGUUGAGUAUGAAUGCCAAUAUACUGAUCAACUAUACAAAAAACGUAAAAUUUGGCAUGAUGGCAGGCUAAAAUAUUAUCAGAUAAACAACAGGUUCAUGUUAUAUACGGAAAAGGAUAACAUUGUGUUAGCUAGUGAGUUCAAGACAAAUUCAAAAGAGCUGAAGGCAAUUUUAAGCCCGGAAGGAUUUGAUAUUGAAGAACAUAGAAUUUUUAGUCAGUUUUUGGUGAUUAUUUCAGGUGUUAUUGAAGAGUAUAAUAGAGAUAUCCAAGUAGCAGCAUCGCACGUUAAGACUGAUUCUCCUAGUCUUCUGGUGCAAAAACAUCGUUCUGUUUCCUCCGAGAAUAUGCCUAGUUUGAACCAUAUUUCAACCACAAGAGAUGUUCCCUUGAAGACGAAGGUCAUAGCUUCUAAACUUGAACAGAAGGAGGAUACUGGCGCCAAAGGAGGAUUCAACAGUAACAAGCUUGUCUUAAAGGUUAAUAAGCCUUUCAAGAAACCUAAGAGAAUAUUAAGCACUGAUGUGGUAAAUGAAUUAAAUAGACCGAGUAUAAGACGCCAAAGGGUUCAAAAAGCAACACCACAACUGAACGUGGGAAGCACUGACACUAAGGUACGUUCAGUCGCAGAAAUCGUAACAGGUAAUGAUAAUACUGCAUCAUGUGAAUUUGGGUCAACUACAGAAGCAUCCAAGGAUAAAGAUGAUCCCGAGGAAAAGAGAGAUACGACAAAAGUGACUAAAAGCCAUACCGGAAGGGUCGGUAGGAUACGAAAAAUCGUUCAUGAGCCCCUCAGAAUUUGA